ACUUUCAAAGUGUUUUCAUUUUUUUGCUGCACGUGGGGGUCUAUUUCUAUUUAAAUUCUCAAUUUGUUGCAUUCAAUUGGAAACUCCGUGCAAAAUUAAAUAAACCAGCAACAACAAUGGGAAAAACGAGAAAAAGUAAAACCAGAUACGCAGCCAGCACAAAUCCUUUGGCUGGACUCGACAGCAGCCAAGUAGAUGAUUUUUUAAAUGCCUGCGAAGAGAUUGAAAAUUCAGGCGUUGGUCCCAUUGAAGCAAUCAGAGAUCAACUGCAGAAUGCGAAUAUCGAGGAGAAACUUAAUGGUCUGCAGUCAUUGGCUGUGCUAACAGCCAGCAAAGAUAAAGUUCAGUCUAUAUGCCAAAGUGACUUGGUGAGAAUUGCUGCACCUCUGUUGUGUGAAAAAGAAACAUCAGUGCGCAAUGCUGCUGCCGGAGCAUUAAGAAAUCUUUCAGUUAACGGCAUUGAAGUAUGUGACUUCCUAGUGGAGCAAGAUAUUUUGACACCUUUACUGGCCUUGUUGCAAGAAUAUGUUUUGGAUAGCGAAUGGAAACCCACAUUUGAUGCUGCCAUGUGUGAUCAAAUGGAUUUGCGUUCCGAUGUCUUUCUUCAAGCCAUCAAUCUCUUGUGGAAUUUAUGUGAAAGUACUUCCAUUGCUGUUGAGACAUUUAAUCAAACUCAACUAAUGGAGGGAUUCAUUAGAUGCUUGGACUACAAUGUUUUUGGUUUGGAUAUAUCUAUUUCAGUGGCCCAAUGUUUGUUGGUGGUAACCGAGAAUAAUCCUAAGUCAUGGUUGGUUUUAAACCAGCAUGUACCCAAUUUCCUUUGUCUCUUAUCGGUAACUGGAGACUAUGGACAUGCUUAUCUGCGAACAUUGUCUGCGGGAAUAUUGAGUAAUGCUCCAGCUUUGGCUGCUUCAUAUGCAGGCACUAUUCUUCAAGCAUUAACACAAGUUCUAGACACAAAUCAUCAAACGGCUCUUCAUGGCAUAAGUAAUAUACCCAGCAAAGAUAAUAAGGAUCAAGCACCUGAAUUGGAAAUUAAAAUGGAUACUCAAGAUGAUGAAACUGAAGAAGCUGCUGCCAAUCGUAGAAGACGCCAAGAAUUACCUACAGCUGAUGAUAUUGCUAUGCGUGAUGUUGGCUAUUUAUUGGACGCUCAACGUAUUGCCGCCGAAGUUAUAACAAAUUUAUGUUCAUCGGAGGAAGAAGAAUGGGAUGAUGUUGAUGAUGAAGAAAUUUCGGAAAGUGAAAGUGUUGUUGAUUAUGAAACAAACCAAAGUAAUGGAAGCACAACAAAUCUAAAUGAAGGUGAUAAACUACCACUAGAAAUUGUGGAAGCCAUUAAAUCAUUAAGUCUAGUCGACAAGCUAUGGCAACGUACUCAACCCCUUGAAGAUAGUCUAGUGCAACUUUUGCGUGAAUCAAAUAUUGGCCUAAUAAUGAAGUCUAAAAAUUUACGCAUCUCUUCGUUACUGUGUUUGCAAAACUUGUGCAAUUGUUUGAACUCGGAAGAUUUGGGAGGUCACAAUGCCAUCUACAGUGUUUGGGUGGAUUUGGGACAACAAGUAUUUAAGGGUCCUAAAGAUACAUCCAUACUGGAACCUUCAACAUCUUUAAUGCGUGCAGCUCUGGAACAUUUAAAAACCAAAAAAGAACUAUUCAACCAAAUGACUCAAAAUGAUUUACAGCUUAUGCUGGAUGGUGUUAAAAAUUGUACAAUGGCAGAAAUUCGUGCAAAUUGGUUGCGCAUGUUGGGCACACUGGGAUGUUUGCUGCCCGAACCUUUAGUUAAAAUUAUUGUUUCAUUUAUAGUUGAAACUUGUUCUCAAGAAGAAGACGUUUGGACUAUCUCAGAAGCUUUGGAUGCUUUAAUGGACAUGUUCUCAGACAACGACUGGCAUCAAAUUUUAGUAGAUCUUAACUUGCCUGUUGCUAUUAAAGAACUAGAAAAAUAUUUCAAAACAAAAGUGCGUUCUCAGCGCAAGGAGUUAAAGGAACGUUACCCGGCCGUACAGACGGUGCUAACAAAUCUAUCACGAUUUUCCAAAUAUAUAGAAAAAGAAGCCAAUAAUUUUGCAAAUUCCACAAGCAGUGCUUCAUAAGAAAAUGUAUGUUUUAGUUAAGAAAUGAAAUAACUUUUCACCUAUGAGUUGAACUUUUCUGUUAGAAUAUUUUAUAUAUUCGCAAUGUAGACGAACGAUUUUUAUAAAUUAAAAAAAAAAUAAUAAUAUUUUUUAUAAAUAAAGAGCAUUUAUUUAAACGAUA